GAUAGGGUGCAUGUUCAACACUAGUUACGCCAUCUAAUGUAACAGAUACUGAACAACUUGACAUUUACCUACCUCACAUUUACGGUAGGCUACUUGAUAUUUGACCACCGCCAGCUAAGACACACUGCUAGUGAGAGCUAAACUGCAUCUAAACUGGAGAUAGAAAGGAACUAUUAUGAGAAGUCGCAGUAAUUCUGGAGUGAAACUCGACAAUUAUGCCAGAACGUUGCAACAGACAAUCCUCUGUCACCAGGAUCCGGUGACAGGGUUACUCCCAGGAGAUGAGACGUUACCUCAUGCCUGGGUUAGAGACAAUGUGUACUGCAUCCUGUCUGUGUGGGCUCUGAGUCUGGCCUACAGGAAGAAUGCAGACAUGGAUGAAGACAAAGCCAAAGCCUAUGAACUGGAGCAGAGUGUGGUCAAACUCAUGCGAGGACUACUGCAGUGUAUGAUAAGACAGGUAUGGAUAAACAACAUUCUCAUUCCAGUACAGGAGAAAACACUUUCUGUGCCUCACGGCAAAUAA